AUGGCUGAAUCAACUGCACCGCCGUCGGAUACCGCCGAUACUGAUAUUCCUAUUGCCACUACAGCGUCGGAGUAUCCGCCAUACCCUCCGUACUCCACGGCGACAGCGCCCCCUUCCGUCGCUGAAACUAUUGUCGCGGGCCGUGACCUGCGACGGAAGUUCAAAUUCUUACCCCAAAGACCGGCGCGGCCUCCACCAAGACCAGCUAAGCCAAGGGGUCCAAAGGCUACAGAUGUGAAGCUAUCAAAGCGUCAGUACAGGGCACAUGCCCGCUGUCUGCGCCGCCACGGUGCGGUGCUUACUGAUCGGCUGGAACACAUGUCCAAACCCAGCCGGAGGCAUAUGAUAUAUUUAUGGAGAGAGCAUGCUGAUAUUUUGACACCAGACGCGGUAUGAUACUUUUUUAAAAUG